CAGAUGGCACAAUACUGUAGUUACAGUACUGCUUUACUUAAACUAAGAACUUCCACUUUGUCAAGCACUUAUUUUUCCGCCUUUAGACGUUGUUUUCUUCUGAGAAAGAAAUCUGGGAUUUGGAUGCAUAUCAAGAUGCUCUGAAGAACAGUGACAGCCCUUCGGGGGAUAGCCGCUUCAACACCAUGACCAAGGACAAAGAACCCAUUGUCAGGAGCUUUCAUUUUGUUUGCAUGAUAACCUUAAUAUUUGGAACCAUAAUCCAGUUCUCUGCUGAAAGUGAAUUUGCAGUAAAUGAGUCAAACAAAGGCCUUACUCAUGUUCCAAAAGGCCUGCCACCCAAAACCAUAGUCUUAGAUAUGUCUCAAAACUACAUAUCUGAGCUUCACCUCUCUGACAUCAGCUUUCUUUCGGGACUCAGAGUUCUGAGGCUUUCCCAUAAUAGACUCCAGUACCUUGAUAUUAGUAUUUUCAAGUUCAACCAGGAUUUGGAAUACUUGGAUUUAUCGCACAAUCAGUUGCAGAAGAUAUCCUGCCAUGCUGUCACCAGUCUCAAGCAUUUAGACCUCUCAUUCAAUGACUUCGAUGCCCUGCCCAUCUGUGAGGAAUUUGGCAACUUGACUCAACUGAAUUUCUUGGGAUUAAGUGCUAAACAUUUACAACAAUCAGAUCUGCUACCAGUUGCUCACUUGCAUCUAAGUGGCAUCCUUCUGGAGUUGGAAGGUUAUUAUGUGAAAGAACAUGAGACAGAAAGUCUUCAAAUUCUGAAUACAAAAACACUUCACCUCAUUUUUCAUCCAAAUAAUUUCUUCUCUGUACAAGCAAACAUAUCAGUUAGUAAUGUAGGGUGUUUACAACUGAGUAAUAUUAGACUGAAGGAUGAGAACUGUCACAUUUUAAUUACAUUUUUAUCAGAACUAACUAGAGGUCCAAACUUAUUAAAUAUUACCUUCAACCAUGUGGAAACAACUUGGAAAUGUUUGGUUAGAGUUUUUCAAUUCCUUUGGCCCAAACCUGUAGAAUAUCUCAAUAUUUACAAUGCAACAAUAGUUGAAAAGAUUGAUAAAGAAGAUUUUACGUAUUCUGAAACAUCACUGAAAGCGUUGAAAAUUGAACAUAUUACAAACAAAGUUUUUCUUUUUUCACAGACAGUAUUAUACACUGUGCUUUCUGAGAUGAACAUUAUGAUGUUAACCAUAUCAGACACACCUUUUAUACACAUGCUUUGUCCUCAAGCACCAAGCACAUUUAAGUUUUUAAACUUUACCCAGAAUGUUUUCACAGAUAGUAUUUUCCAAGAAUGCUCCACUUUAGUUAGAUUGGAGACACUUAUCUUACAAAAGAAUGAAUUAAAAGACCUUUUCAAAGUAGGUCUCAUGACUAAGGAUAUGCCGUCUUUGGAAAUGCUGGAUGUGAGCUGGAAUUCUUUGGAAUAUGAUGGACGUGACAGAAAUUGCACUUGGGCUGAGAGAAUAGAGGUGUUAAAUUUAUCUUCAAAUAUACUCACUGACUCUGUUUUCAGAUGUUUACCUCCCAGACUCAGGGUUCUUGAUCUUCACAGUAAUAGAAUAACAAGUAUCCCUGAAAAUGUCAUCCAUCUGGAAGCUUUACAAGAACUCAAUGUUGCUUCCAAUUCUUUAGCCCACCUUCCUGGAUGUGAUUCCUUCAGCAGCCUCUCUGUACUGAUCAUUGACUAUAAUUCAGUUUCCAACCCAUCAGCUCAUUUCUUCCAGAGCUGCCAGAAGAUUAGGUCCAUAAACGCAGGAAACAAUCCAUUCCAAUGUACAUGUGAGCUCAGAGAAUUUAUCCGAAGUAUAGGCCAAGUUUCCAGUGAAGUGGUAGAGGGUUGGCCUGACUCUUAUAAGUGUGACUAUCCAGAAAGCUAUAAGGGAACCCUACUAAAGGACUUUCAUGUGUCUCCAUUAUCCUGCAACACAGCUCUGCUGAUUGCCACCAUUGGGGUCACUGGGCUGGUGUUGGCUGUCGCUGUGACUGUCCUCUGUGUCUAUUUCGAUCUGCCCUGGUAUCUCAGGAUGGUGUGUCAGUGGACCCAGACCCGACACAGGGCCAGGAACACAUCUUUACACAAACUCCAAAGAGCUCUUCAGUUCCAUGCCUUUAUUUCGUACAGUGAACACGAUUCUGCCUGGGUGAAGAAUGAAUUACUACCAAACCUAGAAAAAGAAGAUAUACGGAUUUGUCUGCAUGAGAGAAACUUUGUUCCUGGCAAGAGCAUUGUGGAAAAUAUCAUAAACUGUAUUGAGAAAAGUUACAAGUCCAUCUUUGUUUUGUCUCCCAACUUUGUUCAGAGCGAGUGGUGCCAUUAUGAACUCUACUUUGCCCACCACAAUCUCUUUCAUGAAGGAUCUAAUAACUUAAUUCUGAUCUUGCUGGACCCCAUUCCACAGAACAGCAUUCCCAGCAAGUAUCACAAGCUGAAGGCCCUCAUGGCACAACGAACUUAUUUGGAAUGGCCGAAGGAGAAGAGCAAACAUGGACUUUUUUGGGCUAACAUCAGAGCUGCUUUUAAUGUGAAAUUAACACUAACCACUGAAAACAAUGACGUGAAAACUUAAAAAAAAAAAAAAAAGGCCAGGAAACCUAACU